AUGUUGACUGCCACCGCCCGGCAUGCGCGGGUCUACUCAAACUGGUCGUCUGGAGUCUUCGCCCUGGUCCGCAGUGAUGGUCGCUUAGUCACUUGGGGUCACCCUGCCUACGGCGGUGGCCUGGGACGCAGCGCGCAUGGCGAGGCGCCGUGGAACGUGGCCGCGGUGACGGUGGGCUGCCGCGCGCUGGCUGCGCUGCUGGCGGAUGGCCGGGUGCAGACCUUUGGGGACGCCGAGUGGGGCGGAGACUGCAGCGAAGUGCAGGAUCAACUGCUGGAGGUCGUGGCGGUGCACAACGCGGGUGGCGCCUUUGCAGCGCGCAAGGCGAAUGGCACAGUGGUGGCCUGGGGACAGCCGGGCCACGGUGGCCGCUGUGACGGACUGCACGACGUCGUGGAGCUGGUCUCAAACCACAUGGCCUUCGCGGCCAUCGUGGCAGGGGCGUCCUGCCGGGUGGUGACCUGGGGAAAUGCGGAGUGUGGAGGUGUCACCAGUGAAAGCUUGAGGGAUCGAUUGAAAGACGUGGACAAAGUUGAAGCGUCCAGCCGGGCCUUUGCUGCCAUUCUGCGAGACGAAACUGUCGUCGCCUGGGGUGAUGCUGAGUGGGGUGGAGAUAGCAGUGCUGUUCAGGCGGAGCUCCGGCAGGUGCACCGCGUCGUGCCCGGCCAGGGCUUCGUGGCGCUCAAGCGCGACGGCUCGCUGGUGGCCUGGGGAGGCACGGCGGCGAAGCACGACCUGACGGAGCUGACGGAGGUGCACCAGGUGGUGCCCAGCGGCCGGGCCUUCACAGCGCUUCGGUGCGAUGGGUCGCUGCGCUGCUGGGGCGACGCGGCCUGGGGCGGCCGCCACGGCGAGCCGUUGCUGAGGGCGGUGCGGUGGGUGGUGGGCACCAGCUGUGCAUUCGCAGCGGUGCUGGAGGAUGACGUGGUGACCUGGGGUGAUCCGAAACGAGGCGGCGACAGCACGGCCGUGCGACCCCUGCUGCGCGGCGCAGCGCUGCAGGCGUUGGUCGCCAGCAGCGGCGCCUUUGCAGCGCUGACGGCGCAGGGGGUGGUGAUCACCUGGGGUGAGGCGGAGGCCGGUGGUGACAGCAGCGCCGUGCAGGACGACUUGCACGACGUGGUGGAGAUCUUCGCAACAGGCUCUGCGUUUGCCGCGAUGCGGCUGGAUGGUUCCAUUGUCACCUGGGGGCACAGCCACUGGGGCGGAGACAGCAGCGCUGUGUGCGAUCUGCUCAGGCCCCAAAACAGAGCGCGAAGCCGCGUGGGAAGAUGCAAAAAUGGAAGAAUUGGAGUUGAUGAAAAAAUGGGGUUUAAGAUAUCAUCAACAUCAAUAACAACACAUAUAUCAUAA